CUCAGCCAGCCACGCCAAACCAUCGCUCCACCUAGUAGACUGUUGACUGGCACGGCACGGUUUCUGUCUCUCGCAGUCAGCUUCAGUUCCCUGCUUAACUCGCAUUGAAAAGGUGUGUCGAACAGACAUUGCAAGAAAGUAAGGUAUAUCAAGUGGGAGAGAGAGAGAUCGCCUUGUCUUGGUCGAAUUCGUUCUCCCAUCAUGGAGAUGCUUGGAGUGCCAUUUGCGCUGGUUUGGGUGGUUCUGUGGCUGUCCUGCGCUCUCGCUGGAAAAGUGAACAAGCACAAGCCGUGGAUCGAGACGUCGUACCAUGGGGUGAUCACAGAGAACAUGGACACCGUCCUGCUGGAUCCUCCCUUGGUGGCCCUGGACAAGGACGCCCCUGUCCCCUACGCAGGGGAGAUCUGUGCAUUUAAGAUCCACGGGCAGGAGGCCCCGUUCGAGGCGGUGGUCCUGAACAGGACGUCAGGGGAGGGGGUCCUGAGGGCCAAGGGCCCAGUGGACUGUGAGACCCAGAAGGAGUACACCUUCAUCAUCCAGGCCUACGACUGUGGGGCCGGGGCCAGUGGGGCCAGCUGGAAGAAGUCACAUAAGGCAGUGGUUCACAUCCAGGUAGAUGACGUAAAUGAGUUCUCUCCUGUGUUCCGGGAGCCUGUGUACCACGCUGCAGUAAUGGAAGGGAAGAUCUAUGACAGCAUCCUGCAGGUAGAGGCCUGGGACCAGGACUGUUCCCCGCAGUACAGCCAGAUCUGCAACUACGACAUUGUCACCUCCGACACGCCCUUCGCCAUCGACCGCAACGGCAACAUCAGAAACACGGAGCGUCUGAGCUACGACAAGAAGCAGCGCUACGAGGUCAUGGUGACCGCCUUCGACUGCGGCCAGAAGAGGGCGACGGAGAGUGUGGCGGUGCACAUUGACGUCAAGCCCGUCUGCAAACCUGGCUGGCAAGGCUGGAACAAACAAGUGGACUAUGAUCCCGGGACAGGAAGUAAGCAGCUGUUUCCCAAGAUGCACCUGGAGACGUGUGACAGCCCGUUGUCGGCGGUGAGAGCCAUGGUGGAGCUGCAGACCAGCCACAUUGGGAAGGGCUGCGACAGAGAGACCUACUCCGAGAAGUCCCUGCAGAAACUCUGUGGUGCGGCGUCCGGCAGCACAGACCUCCUCCCCGCCCCCAGCGCAUCCACCAAUUGGACGGCCUCACUGCUGACGGACAGCGGGCGGGACUGCGACCUCAUCUUCCGCUUCGACGGGCGGCAGGCAGCCAACGUGCCGGAGCGGGUGGUUCCACAGAACCUGACUGACCAGUUCACCAUCGCCACAUGGAUGAAGCACGGGCCCAGCCUCGGUCUGAGGGCUGAGAAGGAGACCCUGCUCUGCAACUCCGACAAGACCGAGAUGAACAGGCACCACUACUCCCUGUACGUCCACAACUGCCGUCUAGUGUUCCUACUCAGGAGAGAUUUCACCCAGGUUGACACCUUCCGCCCCGCAGAGUUCCACUGGAAACUGGAGCAGAUCUGUGAUAAGGAGUGGCACUACUACGUGAUCAACGUGGAGUUUCCUGCCGUGACGCUCUUUGUGGAUGGCGUGACCUACGAACCCUACCUGGUGACGGACGAUUGGCCCAUCCAUCCCUCGUCAAUCGACACCCAGCUGACAGUGGGUGCCUGCUGGCAAGGUGGUGAGGUGUCCACCCCACGGUUCACCCAGUUCUUCCGGGGCAGUCUGUCUGGGCUGACCAUCAGGCCAGGGAGGAUCGAGACCCAGAAGGUCAUCUCCUGUCUACAGGCCUGUAAGGAAGGAUUGGAUAUCAACUCACUGGAGAGCCUGGGCAAGAACAUCAAGUUCCACUUCAACCCAGCCCAGUCGGUGCUGGUGAUGGAGGGAGAGGACCUGGAGAGUGUCACCACAGCCAUGGCCAAGGUCUCCUACAUCAACUCACGCCAGUUCCCCACAGCAGGCUUCAGACAGCUACACAUCACCACCACCGUACAGUGUUUCGGGGAGGACAUAUGCAUCUCCAUCCCAGACAUUAAGGCUUUAGUAAUGGUCCUGCCACCCAGCGAGCCACGGAUCACCAUCGCUGGUUCAGAUCGACUCGUCAGGCCUGCUGCCGACCUGCGUGGAGCCAUGGGCGUGGCACCCUUCAAGGAGCUGAGCAUCACCAGCACUGUAACCAAGGGCGACGGUGUGCCGUUCAGCGCAGUCUACAGGCCUGGUGUUCUGGAGGCGAUGCACAACCUGGAUUACUGUGAUGUCCUGGUGAUUGGAGAGGAGCUCAACCCAGAGCACGAGAGUCUGGAGAUUCACCACAGCUCUCUAAUGGGGAAACACCUGGACGCCACAAACUCCACCUCAGGAAUAUCCAUAUAUGGUGUGGACUCCAUGGCCCACUAUGAGGAGGCCCUAAGGCAGGUGUGCUACAGGAACUGGCGCCCGGCGACCCUGAAUAACAGGAGGUUCAGGCUCACCUGCUCCGAGCUCAAUGGACGCUACACCAGUAACGAGUUUAAUUUGGAGGUUAACGUCCUUCACAACGCAGCACCUGUAGAGUAUGUCAAUCACAUGGCUGUCCAAUCCCAGUACAUGCGGUCUGUGCAUCAUCCACUAAUGGUACACUCUGUCAAUUCCCACAUCUCAGGCACCCCUCCAGCUGCCACAGUCGUGGUAGUGAUCUGUAUAGCCGCCCUGGUGGUUAUAGUGGUGGUAGGCAUCUACAGGCUCCAUAGUACCCACCAGGACAGCUCCAAGAGUGAGGAGGAUGGAGCCACAGACCCAGAGAUGGACUGGGACGACUCCACCCUCACCAUCACAGUCAACCCUAUGGAGAAUGUCGGAGAGCCUCAGGCGUUGGAGGAGGAGAUAAAUGAGGAAGAUGACGAAGAGGAAUAUGAACAGGCAGUCGACAUCACGAGUGCAGAGUCUGACGACAGUGAUGAAACAGAGGAAGAGGACGAGGACGAGAGGGAAGGGAAGGAGAGCAAGCCGAAGAGCAAGCUGGAGUGGGAUAGCUCUUCGAUAACAUAUUGAUCUCUCACACACGCACAUACAGUGCCUUGCAAAAGUAUUCAUCCCCCUUGGCGUUUUUCCUAUUUUGUUACAUUGCA